UGGCGGGCGCGCUACGCAGGGCCUUGCGGUUGCGGCUGGCCGUGGCCGCCGGCUAUGUCACGCCCGCACCCGCGCCGCUGCCUUUUGGCUCCACUCCAACCGCCAUCACCAAGCGAUCGCUCCCUCGAACCAGGUCGAGGACUCCAGCGAGAUCGAGGAGAUGCAGGUCUUCGUGAAGACGCUGACGGGGAAGACCGCCGUCCUCGAGGUCGAGAGCGGCGACACCGUCGCCGCCGUCAAGGCCGAGAUCCAGGACAAGGAAGGUUUUGCUCGAUCCGUGCUCAAUCGAUCGGUUGUCGUGUGCUUGUAGGCGUCGCCGCGGACGAGCCGCGGCUCAUCUUCGCGGGGACGCAGCUGGAGGACGGCCGCACCAUGGCCGACUACGGCAUCCAGAAGGAGUCCACGCUUCACAUGGAGCUUGGCCUCCUCGGCGGCUACUGCUGGAUCGAGCCAAACCUCCGCGCCCUCGUGUACAAGCACACAAUCAACAAGAUGAUCUGCCGCAAAUGCUAUGCUACCCUGCCCCCUGGGUCCAGGAACUGCCGCAAGAAGAAGUGUGGCCACAGCAACCAGCUGAGGCGAAGGAAGCUGGGCUUCUUCAAGUACUCUUUCAGGUCCUGCACCUGACUCACCUGUUGAAUCAACUGUCUCGGUUUGAUAUCAGAGUAUCAGUCUUUUAAAGCUUUGCUGCGGCACAAAAUUCCUCCUGGAUACUGAACAUCGACUACUCUUCUGAAUGCUUGGGUUAUCUUGACGGCGUGGUUAAUGCUAGUUGAUAGCUUGAUAUGGUAGCUUAACUCUCUUGGCUGGGAUGAGCACUUCCCUGCUUUGAAUGCUGCUCCGUUUUCUGUCUUUUGAAAUUCCGGCUUCCGGUUACCCUCUGUUCAUGUAGUUGGUGCCACACUGCCAUGCUUCAGUUAACUGUUAACAUGGUGUUCACCGGGAUGAGGUUCUGUGCAAACGAUGAUUACAGGUUAUGUGGCCAAUGAGAUAUUUCUACUUGCAAUUAAUUUUUCUAUUAAGCUA